GACCCAUCAAAAAAUCUGAGCUUGCCUUUGGUAUUGAUUUCAAAAGAAUAUAUAUAGUACAUCAAUAAGGAAACCCUUCACUUUCCUGCACAUCCCUUGCUUUUGGAAAUAAUUUGGGAGCUCAGGAAAAUGGAAGGUAAAUCAGGAGAGUCUGAAUGGCCGGUGAUCGGAAUCGAUCUCGGAACAACCUACUCUUGUGUUGCAGUUUGGCGUCAUGGUCGUGUUGAAAUCAUAACGAACGAUCAGGGUAAUCGGACAACACCGUCUUGGGUAGCUUUCACCGACUCCGAGCGGCUUAUUGGUGAAGCCGCCAAGAAUCAAGCUUCCUUCAACUCCACCAAUACUAUCUUCGAUGCAAAACGGUUAAUUGGUAGGAGAUUUAGUGAUGAAACUGUACAAGAAGACAUGAGAAUGUGGCCAUUUAAGGUUACAGCUGGUAAUAGUUUAGGAAAUGAAGAUAAUCCAAUAAUUGUGGUCACGUAUAAGGGUAAGGAAAAGAGAUUUACUCCUGAGGAGGUGUCCUCAAUGGUCUUGAUCAAGAUGAAAGAUACUGCUGAAGCUUUCCUUGGCACGUCAGUGAAAAAUGCAGUUGUCACAGUUCCAGCAUACUUCAAUGAUUAUCAGCGUCAGGCUACUAAAGAUGCUGGCACCAUUGCAGGGCUUAAUGUUGUUCGUAUCAUCAACGAGCCAACAGCUGCUGCCAUGGCUUAUGGUCUUGACAUGAAGGCUACUUGUAUUCAUGGGCCUGAAAAAAAUGUUCUAGUAUUUGACCUAGGUGGUGGGACAUUUGACGUUUCGUUGGUUGCUAUCACAAAAGGUAAAUGUGAAGUCAAAGCUGUAAGUGGGGACACUCACCUUGGCGGAGGGGACUUUGACAACAGAAUGGUAAGUGAUCUUGUUAAGGAAUUUAAGAGGAAGCACAAGAAAGACAUUAGUAAGAGUCCCAAGGCUCUUGGAAGAUUGAGGGCUGCUGCUGAGAGAGCAAAACGGGUACUUUCGUCAACUUCCCAAACUAGUAUUGAGUUGGAAUGUCUCUUUGAUGGGAUCGAUUUCACGUCAAUUAUAACUCGUGCACGUUUUGAGAAGCUGAACAUUGAUUUGUUCAGAAAUUGUAUUGACACUGUUGAAAAGUGCUUAAAAGAUGCCAAGGUAGAAAAGCAUGAUGUUGAUGAUGUAGUUCUUGUUGGGGGUUCAUCCCGAAUACCAAAGGUCCAGCAGUUGCUGCAGACCUUCUUUGAUGGUAAGGAGCUGUGCAAAAGUAUGAAUCCUGAUGAAGCUGUUGCUUAUGGUGCAGCUGUCCAUGCUGCCGUCUUAAGUGGUAUCAGUAAAUAUACUAAGGAUAUUGUUCUUGUGGAUGUAACACCUUUAUCUCUUGGUAUUAAGUAUUUUGAUGGUAGUAUGUGUAUUGUGAUUCCAAGGAAUACAAGUAUCCCAGUGAAGAUGCAUAGGAGUUGUCGGACUGCAGUAGAUAAUCAGGUGGCCACAGUUUUCAGAGUGUUUGAGGGUGAGAGAGUUAUUGCUACAGAAAACAAUUUUUUGGGUGAGUUUACUGUUUCAGGGUUUCCUCCAGCACCGAAACAUGAGAUCAUAUUUGAUGUGUGUUUCAGUAUUGAUGAUAAUGGAAUUCUUAAUGUAUCGGCAGUGGAAACAAGCACCAGAAACAAGAAUGCAAUCACCAUUCUUAAUCACCAAGGUCGGCUUCCAAAGGCAGACAUAGAUAGGAUGAUAAAAGAGGCUGAAAUAUAUAAGGCUCAAGAUGAGGAAAUUAGGAAGAUGAUGGAAGCCAAGAAUGCACUUGAGAAUUAUGCCAACGACAUGCGGGAAGCAUUGGAUGAUUAUGGGAAACUAGAACUCAACAGUAAUGAGAAGAAGGUUAAUGAUGCAAUGGAGCAAACAUGUCAAUGGCUUGAAGAGAAUUCUCAUGUUGCGGAGGCUUCUAAGUUUGAGGAAAAGUUGAAAGAGCUGCGAAGUAUUUGUCAUCGUUUUGCUUCUAAGAUGUCCUAAUUCGAUAUCAUAUGCAGCAAUGCCACUUCAUUGAUACAGUUUGCAUAUCAAUAGUAAUGGGGUGAUUUAUUAUUAUCAAAUUUUGACUCUUUUGCUUGGAAAAUUACAAAUACAUGAAUUAAUAGCAAAAAAAAUAGAAGUAUUUCAUAUGUACACUGUACACGAUCUCGAAGUAGGAGAUGUCAUCUCUCAUUUUUGCAAUUUGACUAAUCGACUAGGAUGCCGAUAUGGCGAUGUCUCAGUUUCUGCUAUUUUUGAUCUGGAACCAAUUGCUGUGUUGAACUCAAAGAACAUCUGGAAAUGUUGGCCCUUUAUUUUUUUUAAUGUUCAAUCAAUUAAUUCUGCUUUUUUGUUUUAUUUUACUGUCAUUUUUAUGUAAUAGGGCUCUCUAGCAAAUGAAGUUGAUGGUUUAUACCUUGGAAAAUGCCACCAUUAUCUAAUAUCAACAAAAAUACCGACUUUGUUUUUCUUCAAA